AUGGAGGAUAAUAAGUCGUUUUUUGUUAAUUCACAGAAGAGGUGCACACCAACGUCGCGUAGAGACGCCCUCUCCUCCUCCUCACUCUCACCAAUGCCCACUUGCACCCGAAAUCGCCACAUAUCUCAAGCAUCGGGUCAAAGGAGGCAGCGACGACUCUCGCAGUUGGCUCGUCUGGACCAAACCCUGACCAAUCUACGUCGCGUCGUUCCUUCGGUCACUAGUGCAGGUUCAAAUCGAAUCGAUUCAUACGAAGGAGUUGAAGCUCUCCUCUCCGACACUAUAAUCCUCUUCAGGACGAUAAUAGAAGACCCGGAGAUUUUGGAAACAGUACGAGCUGGAUUUCUGGCACAAGCUACGUAUUUUGACAAGCUGAAGGUGAUGGUAGUUGGCAAGAUCCCCCCAGCCAUUGACGAGCUUUCAGCCAAAUUUUCGCAACCAAGUCAGCCCGCCCCACCGGUUCCCCCGGAGCCUCAGUCCGUUCCCCAAACAGUCGAUAACCUCUUCACCCUGCUCAAACUGAAGCAGCGAAGCAAGAAACGAUUUGUGCAGCUACGGAACUAG